GCUGACGUCACCAACCAGGAAGUGAGCGGAGAGGAGGGAACAGCCGAAUCACAACAGAGCUACUACAGCUUUGACAGCCCUGUUUUGUGUCGCUGAAACACGCUGUUUUUUCUGUUGUUGCCGGUAACUGACAUGUCACGAAAACCCAAAGAUGAAUACUACCGUUUUUUUACCGUUACAGACCCACGCACACACGAGAAGGGACACACCGAAUACAAAGUGUCAGCAAGGUUUGUGUCCAAGCGUCAUCCGGAAGAUGUGAAAGAGGUGGUCGUGUGGAGGAGGUUCUCAGAGCUGAAGAAGCUCCAUGGAGAGUUGGCCUACACUCACAGGAACCUGUUCAGAAGACAGGAGGACUUUCCAUCUUUUCCCCGCGCACAAGUCUUUGGAAGGUUUGAUGAGGCUGUGAUUGAAGAGAGGAGGAAUGCUGCAGAGGUCAUGCUUCUGUUUACUACCAGCAUACCUGCACUCUACAAUAGCCCACAGCUAAAGGACUUUUUCAGAGGUGGUGAGGUGACAAGGCCUCUGGAUGCCACCCCUCUGUCCUCUGCUGGGCCCCUGCCCCCACCUCUCAUCCCACUUCCCAAGCGCAGGGCGUCAGACUGUGAACCCGCAGAGGAGGAGGAGGGAAGGGAGGCUCCCACCUUACCUCAAGACCUGGGCAUCAACCUGGGCAUCAACCUGGGCUUAGAAGAGGGAGAACCGGAGGUGGCGGCUGAGGCUUACAGCGAGAUGGGAGGCUCUCCGAGAGAAGAACAAGAACAAGAGGAGCUUAGCGAUACAGAGCUGGAUGACAGAGUUCCGUCUCCUGACCCUUGCCCAGCCAGAAACCACCAAUCAGAGGAGUCCCAGGAAGAAUUUGAUUCACUGUUUGACUCUGUGGCAGAAGAGCAAGUUCCAUCCUCCAAAGAGGAAGGUCCACCUCCUCUGACUGAUAAUGACUUGGCUGUCUUUGAUCCCUGCUAUAAACAAGAUAAAUCCAAUUCUUCCAGUGACCACUCUGAAUUGUUCUCACUGCCACCAGCCAGUCUGAAAGGAGGGGAUGUGGGUUACUUAAACCAAGCUGCCACUGAGCUAACAGAUGCAAUGAAGAGGGAGAAGGAGGGAGAAUUUAGUUCUGCCAUUCGUGGAUACAGGACAGCGGUGGAUAUACUGAUCACUGGAGUACAGGGAGACCCAGAUCCAAUACGCAGGGAGUCUGUGAUGAGAAGGACAGCCCAGUAUCUGAAGCACACUGAGAUGUUGGUUGACAGGCACUCCUCGCCCACACACACUCACACACUGACACACACACACACACAUACACAGGACCCUUAGAUGCACACUUUUUUUAUAUACACUGUUCACACACACAUAGACAGAUCAAAGACAAAGAAGCUCAGGGUUGUGACAUACAUAUGCACACACACACACACACACACACACACACACAUACACACACACACGCACACACGCACACACACACACACACACACACACACACACACACACACACACACACACACACACACACACACUCACGUACUCAUAGGCAUACACAAAUUCACAGUUAUAUACAGUAUGUAUGUUAACAAAAACUAAUUUAAACCAUUCAGAAAUACAUUCAAGUGCAAAACAACUACCAGCACACACACAUACAUAGACACACUCCUGAGGUACACACUACACUGCAGACUGCUACUUUAGCGGUCUUUGUGUAGGGAAGAAUUUACUAAAUAUAAAUAUAAAACUGUAAACUUCAUGCAUUAAUGGGUAAAUAAUCCUUCAUCUCUCUCUAUCAAUCUCUUUCUCUCAUUUGAUUCUUACUCUCCUUUUACAAUGUGUUCUUGUUAAAUACAGUAAUGUGUAGUGUAUAACAGUAAUUUGCAUUUUGCACAAACAAUGUUUUGAUUAAUAAAUCUGAUUUUAAUUGAAAGUCAAA